UUCGUUAAACGUAAACAUUGGCCGCAAGAAUAAAUGCUCCUUUAUUACUCUUACACAUCAAAGAGGGCGAGGUAGGAGGGGAUAAGUGUUGAUUUAACAUGGCCUCUACAGCGCUUUUGUUUCCCAGCACAGCUUUGCUUUCGUGAUUUUGUAUUGCCUUUCGGCUUCUGGUACUGGGUUUGGUUUUCUUUUGGGCCGUGCAUAGGAGCUAGUGGAUUGAUUUUAGUGGGGUUCCUGAGGGAGAUUGCAAUUUGCAGAUGGGUAUUCUGAGUAGUAUACUGGGUUUUUUUGGGUUUGGAGUGGGAACUUCAAUUGGGAUUGUGAUCGGGUACUACAUGUUUAUCUACUUUCAGCCAACUGAUGUCAAGGAUCCUGUAAUUCGUCCUUUGGUUGAGCAAGACUCAAAAACUUUGCAACGAUUGCUUCCAGAAAUACCCCUUUGGGUGAAAAAUCCAGAUUAUGAUCGAGUUGACUGGCUUAACAAAUUUAUUGAAACCAUGUGGCCUUACUUGGAUACGGCAAUUUGCAAGACAGCAAGGACUAUAGCAAAACCCAUUAUUGCUGAGCAAAUCCCAAAAUACAAAAUUGAUUCUGUUGAAUUUGAAGAACUUACCUUGGGCUCCUUACCGCCAACUUUUCAAGGAAUGAAAGUUUAUAUCACUGAUGAGAAGGAGCUGAUCAUUGAACCAUCUAUGAAGUGGGCUGGGAAUCCAAACAUUAUUAUUGCAGUUAAAGCAUUUGGUUUGAGAGCCACAGUUCAGGUGGUUGAUUUGCAAGUAUUUGCUGCUCCACGCAUCACCCUAAAGCCUCUGGUUCCUGCCUUUCCCUGUUUUGCCAAUAUAUUUGUCUCUCUAAUGGAAAAGCCCCAUGUUGACUUUGGAUUGAAAUUGCUUGGAGCAGAUGCCAUGUCUAUUCCUGGCCUAUACAGAUUCGUGCAGGAGCUUAUUAAAGAUCAAGUUGCGAAUAUGUAUUUAUGGCCAAAAGCCCUACAAGUACCAGUCCUGGAUCCUGCAAAAGCUACAAAGCGACCUGUUGGGAUUCUCACUGUGAAGGUUGUGAGGGCAAUGAAGCUUAAAAAGAAAGAUCUUCUUGGGGCAUCAGACCCUUAUGUGAAACUGAAGCUCACUGAAGAGAAGCUCCCUUCAAAGAAAACAACUGUGAAGUACAAAAACUUGAACCCUGAAUGGAAUGAGGAAUUUAACAUUGUUGUGAAAGACCCAGAAUCCCAAGCCUUAGAGAUUAUUGUUUAUGACUGGGAACAGGUUGGCAAACAUGACAAGAUGGGCAUGAAUGUUGUUCCAUUGAAAGAGCUUACCCCUGAUGAGCCAAAAGUUAUGACACUUAAUCUGCUAAAAAAUAUGGACCCAAAUGAUGCUGAAAAUGAGAAACAACGCGGGCAGCUUAUAGUGGAACUGGAAUACAAACCUUUCAAGGAAGACAAUAUACCUACUGAUAUUGAAGAUCCAAAUGCUGUAGAAAAGGCUCCUGAAGGAACGCCUGCUGGGGGUGGUUUGUUUGUGGUUAUUGUACACGAAGCUCAAGAUGUUGAAGGAAAGCACCAUACAAAUCCUUAUGUGCGGUUACUGUUCCGAGGGGAGGAGAGAAAAACUAAGCUUGUGAAAAAAAACAGAGAUCCAAGAUGGGAAGAGGAGUUUCAGUUCAUGCUAGAGGAACCGCCCACAAAUGAUAGACUUCAUGUGGAAGUUGUUAGUGCCUCCUCAAGGAUGGGUCUCCUCCAUCCCAAGGAAAAUUUGGGUUAUGUGGAUAUAAACUUAGCUGAUGUCGUUAACAACAAGAGAAUCAACGAGAAAUACCACCUCAUUGAUUCAAGGAAUGGCCGGAUUCAAAUUGAGCUACAAUGGAGAACAUCUUAAACAGGUUCCAUUUUGAUUUUCUGGCGAAAUUCCUAGCCAAAUCUUCAAUCUCAAGUACCUCACCACAAUCAACAUCAGCAGAAACAACCUGAGCGGUGAAAUCUCACCUUCAAUUACCCAGUGCGCUUCUCUAACGUCAGUUGAUUUCAGUCGAAACAGGCUCCAAGGCCAGAUUCCAAAAGGAAUGGCAAAACUGAAGGAUUUGAGUAUCCUCAACAUCUCUCAAAAUCAGCUUACCGGCCAAAUACCUGGCGACAUUCGGUACAUGCAGAGCCUCACAACUCUCGAUUUCACCUACAACAAUCUACAGGGCAGAAUUCCAGCAGGAGGGCAGUUUCUGGUGUUCAAUGAAAGCUCCUUCGCAGGAAACCCCAGUUUAUGUGCACCACGCCAAGCUUCUUGCCCAUCUCUCGUAAGUAUGCUUCGAGGUUCAAGUCAUGGCCACACAGCGUCGUUCAGCACGUCGAAGCUAAUAAUCACAGACAUUGGACUUGUCAUUGCUUUAAUGCUAAUAAUCAUGAUGGUUUAUAAAAUGAGGAAGAAAAUGCUCGAGAAAUCAAGGGCUUGGAAGCUAACCGCAUUCCAACGGCUUGAUUUCAAAGCAGAGGACGUGCUGGAAUGCUUAAAAGAAGAGAACAUCAUAGGCAAAGGUGGUGCUGGGAUCUUCUACCAUGGAUCCAUGCCGGAUGGUGUUGAGGUAGCAAUCAAACUACUGGGGGGCAGAGAAAGCGGAAUAAGCGACCAUGGCUUCUCUGCCGAGAUUCAAACUCUUGGACGAAUCAGGCACCGAUAUAUCGUGAGGCUUCUGGGUUACAUAUCGAACAAGGAUACGAAUUUAUUAUUAUACCAGUACAUGCCUAACGGGAGCUUAAGGGAACUGUUGCAUGGACCCAGGGGAGGGCAUUUGGAGUGGGAGACGAGGUACAGAAUCGCCGUUGAGGCGGCGAAGGGGCUUUGUCAUCUUCACCAUGAUUGCUCACCUCCGAUACUACACAGGGAUGUGAAGUCCAACAAUAUCUUGCUUGAUUCAGACUUUGAAGCUCAUGUGGCAGGCUUUAGGCAGGCCAUGUUCCUGCAGGAAGCUGGUGCAUCGGAGUUGAUGUCCUCCACUGUUGGAUCCUAUGGUUACAUCGCACCAGGUUUGCUACGUUUAUUUGUAUCAUUUAAUAGUUUACUACAGAUCCUGUGAACAGAAGAGCUACGAGCCUUUCCAUUUUUCAUACCAUCUCCAUCUGACAAUGUUCAUGUGUUUCAUUGAAUUUUUUUGAUGUGGACUGUUCACUGUUGUGUGCAACAGAAUACGCUUACACUCUUAGGGUUGACGAGAAAAGCGAUGUGUACAGUUUCGGUGUGGUGCUGCUGGAACUAAUAACAGGGAGAAAGCCAGUGAAGGAGUUUGGAGAUGGAGUGGACAUAGUGAGAUGGGUGAGGAAAACUACAUCAGAAGUCUCUCAACCGUCGGAUGCAGCUUCAGUAUUGACAAUUGUGGACUCUAGGCUUAUUGGGUACCCACUAACAGGGGUGAUUCGUCUGUUUAAGAUUGCUAUGUUGUGCGUUGAGGAUGACAGCUCUGCUAGGCCUACCAUGAGGGAAAUUGUUCAUAUGCUUACGAAUCCUCCCUAGGGUGCCCCAAGCCUCCGCACUCUUUAAGCCUGUGAACGAUAUGUUUGUAGCAAUAAAGCAAACAAAUAGUAGUAAGCUUGUGAAAUUUAAAGAUUGCUCUCGUGUAUUAGUUUACCAUGGAUUGAGGCUUGAAAAUAGUUUUUAUGGCUCUAAAUGAAAUUAUUGUUGUAAUUA